GUGUUUGGGGCUGUGUUGUGUACAGUGCGGCUGAAGGGCUGGAAACUCGUGGUGCCUGUAAAUCUGUUUCUAUAUACAGCUUUUAUUAUGGAGCCAGGCAGCAUUAGUAACCUCAACAUCCUUUACCAGAGCUCAGAUUUCCUUGUGGUUAACAAACACUGGGAUAUACGUAUUGACAGCAAGAUGUGGUAUGAAAAACUUACAGUGCAGAGCCAGCUGAAGCACAGAUUUCCGGAACUGGCCGAUCCUGACACUUAUUAUGGGUUUAGAUUCUGCCAUCAAUUGGACUUCUCCACCAGUGGGGCCCUUUGUGUCGCCCUCAACAAGGAGGCUGCAGGAAGGGCAUAUAAAUGCUUUAAAGAGCGCACCGCGACCAAAGCUUACCUUGCACUGGUCAGAGGUACAGUUCUAACAAAGCGUAUGACAAUCACAAUGGCUAUAGGGAAAAAUUACUCAGAAGGAUUUACCCACAUGAUGUGCGUUGAAGGAACCGAUGGGUGUGAGAAUGCUAAGCCGUGCCAGACAGAUCUUAUUGUCCUGCAACAUGGAUUGUACAAAGGGGAUCAAGUCACAAAGGUUUUGCUGCAGCCACUGACUGGAAGAACACACCAGCUGAGAGUUCAUUGUAGUUCUCUCGGGCAUCCCAUUGUGGGAGAUUACACCUAUAGCUUUAAGAUGGACAGUGACCCAUACAGAAUGAUGCUUCACGCCUACUACCUGCGAAUCCCAACUGAGAGUGAACUUAUAGAGGUCACCGCUCCCGAUCCCUUUGUUUCAGAAGUGGAUUCUUACUGGAUGCCCGGCAACGUGGUUCACAGAUUGAGCGAUAUUAUGCUAGAACUCACUGCCAGGGCCCAGAUGCAGGAGAGCUGUAGGCAAAACAAAGAUCUUGAGAAGAAAACAAGACGUCAAGCUUUAAAUAAAGAGACUGCACAGCAAAAGGCUGCGUGUGAUCAGUGGUUAGCAGAGUGGGGCUUUGAAUAACACCAGAGUUCCAAGGUUUCCAAGAAUGGUAUUAGAAGUGGAGCAAUCUUAUUGGGCAACGUUCAGGCCCAAUACACCGGUCUCCUGAGCCACUCUGUUUCAGUAAACCAAGCGCUAGUCUUGUUCUGUAGCAGUAAUUCCCAGCACCACUGUAUUAUCACUCACUGCUAAGUAUCGCACAACACAUUGCAUUGGUAGCAUCUUCUGUGCCGUAGGUAUUUACUAGUCUAUUACUAGCGUACUUUGAUACAUCUGCCAACAUUACCGUAGGCGUGUGCAAUUUGUCGCUCAUGGGUGCACCUUAUGCAUAAUGUGUGGGUUAUGGGUAUAUAUCUAAAAACAUGUAUUUAGAAGAUAUUGUAUUAGUGCAUGGUGCCUAAGAAUACUAUUUCUAAUUAGGGCUUUCCUGUAGACAUUUUAGACUGGUUUUAUUUACUUAUUUAUUUAUUUUUUAAAUUAAUGGAAUUACCUUAUUGUUAUUUUGUAAUACAAAAUAUUUAUUAUCUCAUUGUUUUGAGACCUUUUAGCUAAAACUACUAAUUUUAUUAACAUAUGACUUUUUUAUGCACUACAAUACAUAACUUUUGUAAUUUAUUUCGCUAUUUGGUAGACCAUAUAAUAUGUAGGCUCAGACUAGUCUGAGUUUUUAAUUGUCUAAACUUUGGUAUGACUGAAGAGCAUUGAUUAACGUUCUUAGGGGACGAUUUACCAUUGUGUGGACGGACAUGAUUGAUGUAACGGAUCAUGUCCGCCGCACAUCAAUAAAUGCCGACAGCAUACGCUGUCGGCAUUUAUUAUUGCACAAGCAUUCCUUGUGCAAUGCUGCCCCCUGCAGAUACACGCCAAUCGGCCGCUAGCAGGAGGUGUCAAUCAACCCGAUCGUAUCCGAUCAGGCUGAUUGCUGUUCGCCGCCUCAGAGGUGGCGGAUGAGUUAAGGAGCAUCGGUCUUAAGACCGCUGCUUCUCAACUCCUGUUUCCGGCGAGCCUGAAGGUUCGCGCAGAAACAGAUACAUUUAAAUGCAUACGGGGCUUGAUAAAUCGUAUAAGAUACACGUUCUCUUUAUAGAAGAUAGCCGGUGUCCGCUAACAAUUAUUUGUUGUUUCAUAAAACGCAGUGUAUUUUAAUGGAUAUUUUUUCCUUAUAUACAGUACCAAGCAGUGUCAUAGCUAGCUAGGUAAUGAGAGACCUUUUUUUUUAUUCAAAUUACUUUUCUAAUUAAGUUUGUUCAUUGUAACAUGAAUCUAAGUAUAUGACAAUAAACCAAUCUUAAAUAUUUGAGAGAACCAAAAGGGACAGUCUACUUGAACAUUUUUAUUGUUUAAAAAGAUAAAUAAUCCCUAUAUUACCCAUUCUCCAGUUUUGCAACCAGCACGGUUAUAUUGAUACACUUUUUACCUCUGUGAUUACCUUGUAUCUAAGCCUCUACAGACUGCCCCCUUAUCUCAGUGCUUUUGACAGACUUGCAUUUUAGCUAAUCAGUGCUGACUUAUAAAUAACUCCACUGGAGUGAGCACAAUGUUACCUAUAUGACACACAUGGCACUGUCUAACUGUAAAAAAAAACUGGCAAACUGCACUGAGAUAAGAGGUGGUUUUCAGUGGUUUAGAAAUCAGUUCAAGUAUUCUUAAGUUUAGCUUUCAAAAAAGAAUACCAAGAGAACAAAGUGAUUUGAAAAUUUGUUUAAAAUUGCAAUUACUAUCUGAAUCAUAAAAAUUUAAUUUUGACUAGACUGUCCCUUUAAUGCUGUAUUCAUGAAAUGACUAGAAAAUGGAACAAAUAAAUUAUACUAAGGAUGCAUAUAGUUGGGAGUAUACUAAAAUCCUAUGUGAGUUUUAUUUAAUUAAAUGAAUGUGGGCACUGUUCAUUAUGUAUACUUUUUAUUUAUUGUAUUUUAAUAUUUAAAUUGAAAAAAACUUCACAAAAUAAGUGUUAAAUAAAAAAAAGACAGUAAGUACAAAGUCCAGGAACAAACAAUCACCAUACACAGUAGUUCUAUUUUUGGAAAUAUAUCAUUAAUAGAAUCAAAUAGGGAAUAUAUUGAUUAAGAAUAAUCACACUGUAAGCUAGUAUUCAUUGUAAUAAAUUAUGUCACCUUCAGAAAAAAUACAGAAGUACGUUUGUACCUAGCCAAUCGGCGUCCACAUCUGCACAUGCUCAUAAUCUAUUGGAGAAAUGUGCAUUUCUAUAUAUUCUUAAAGGGACAUUGUACAUUAGAUUUUUCUUUACAUAAAUGUUUUGUAGAUGAUCCAUUUAUACAGCCCACCUGGGAGUGUUUUUGUAACAAUGUAUAGUUUUGCUUAUUCUUUAAUAAACAUUAUGCUGAUUUUCAGACUCCUAACCAAGCCCCAAAGUAUCAGAUGUAGACCCAGGUCUACAGAUUUUGCUGCUAUUGUUUGUGUAAUCAACAGUGCUAAACUGGGAGAUUCUUAGUAAGUUUUUAAAUGGUUUUAUACUGAAUUUUUAGAUCAGUAUCUGUGCAUAUUCUUCUUUAUAAUAGUGUCUAUCACAUGCAGAUAUAUAACAAGUGGCGUACACUAUCACUAUACAGUAACAGAAAACAUCUCAAUAUGCAGUUAUAAAAUGGAAUUACACCAUGUACAGUAAUUAUUUUUCAUGUUAGAAAUCAUUAUUUAAGGUAACUACUUUAUAGUAGACUAAGAAUAUGUAAUAAUUAAAUUAAUGUAGAAAUAGAACUGCCUGGCCUUAGCCGACUGUUGUAGUCACAAUUUGAUUGGUUGCCGUUUACUAUAUAAAUGUGUCAUUUGAAAUCUAGAAUCUAUGGUUAAUUAAUAAAACUAAGUCUGCUUAUAUUAUAAA